UAGAGUCAAAUAUCUCAGUUAAGCAGGCACAUAAAUUCUCUGCUUACAUUUCUAAUAGGUUAAUUUCAGCAAGAGCAAAAAUGGCACUCAGUCUGAAUGUUAUCCUGUUCCUAACUUUCUAUCUCUUACCUAGAAUGAAAAGCUCAAUGGUAACUUUGAAUAAUAAUGGAUAUGAUGGCAUUGUCAUUGCAAUUAACCCCAGUGUGCCAGAAGAUGAAAGACUCAUUCAAAACAUAAAGGAAAUGGUAACUGAGGCUUCUACAUACCUGUUUCAUGCUACCAAAAGAAGAGUUUACUUCAGGAAUGUAAGCAUUUUAGUCCCAAUAACCUGGAAGUCAAAAUCCGAGUACUUAACGCCAAAGCAGGAAUCAUAUGACCAGGCAGAUGUCAUAGUUGCUAAUCCUAACCUAAAAUAUGGAGAUGAUCCUUACACACUUCAAUACGGACAAUGUGGAGAAAAAGGACAGUAUAUACAUUUCACUCCAAACUUCCUGUUGACUGAUAAUUUGCCUGUCUAUGGGCCCCGAGGCAGAGUACUUGUCCAUGAGUGGGCCCAUCUCCGAUGGGGAGUAUUUGAUGAGUAUAAUGUGGACCGGCCAUUCUAUUUUUCCAGAAGGAACACCAUUGAAGCAACAAGAUGCUCAACUCGUAUCACUGGUGCUAAUGUAGUUUUCAAGGAGUGCCAGGGAGGCAGCUGUAUAACGAGGCCGUGCAGACGUGACUCACAGACGGGGCUGUAUGAAGCAAAAUGUACAUUUAUCCCAGAAAAAUCCCAGACUGCAAGGGAAUCCAUUAUGUUUAUGCAAAGUCUCCACUCAGUGACUGAAUUUUGUACAGCAAAAACACACAAUACAGAAGCUCCAAACCUACACAACAAAAUGUGCAAUAGGAGAAGCACAUGGGAUGUAAUCAUGGGCUCCAGUGACUUCCAGAAUGUAUCUCCCAUGACAGGAACAAACCCACCAUCUCAUCCCACGUUUUCACUGCUUAAGUCCAAACAGCGAGUUGUCUGUCUGGUACUUGAUAAAUCUGGAAGCAUGGAUUCAGAAGACCGUCUCUUUCGAAUGAAUCAAGCAGCAGAAUUAUUCUUGAUUCAAAUUAUUGAAAAGGGAUCCUUGGUUGGGAUGGUCACAUUUGAAAGUUUUGCUAAAAUCCAAAAUAAUCUAACCAGGAUAACUGACCAUAACGUUUACCAAAACAUCACUGCAAAUCUGCCUCAAGAGGCCAGUGGUGGAACUGCAAUUUGCAGCGGACUCGAAGCAGGAUUUCAGGCAAUUAUCCAGAGUAACCAGAGUACUUCUGGUUCUGAAAUCAUAUUACUAACAGAUGGGGAAGAUGAUAAAAUAAGCCUGUGCUUCGAGAGAGUAAAGCAAAGUGGUGCAAUCAUUCACACCAUUGCUCUGGGACCUUCUGCUGACAAAGAACUGGAGAUGCUGUCAAAUAUGACAGGAGGACAUCGUUUCUAUGCCAAUAAAGACAUAAAUGGCCUCACUAAUGCUUUCAGUAGAAUUUCAUCUAGAAGCGGCAGCAUCACUCAGCAGGCUAUUCAGCUGGAAAGCAAAGCCCUAAAUAUUGCAGGAAGGAAAUGGAUAAAUGGUACAGUGCCUGUGGAUAGUACAAUUGGAAAUGACACUUUCUUUGUUGUCACAUGGACGAUAAAAAAGCCAGAAAUUCUUCUGCAAGAUCCAAAAGGAAAGAAAUAUAAAACCUCAGAUUUCAAAGAAGAUAAACUAAAUAUUCGGUCUGCUCGGCUUCGAAUACCAGGUAUUGCCGAGACAGGUACUUGGACUUACAGCCUUCUAAAUAAUCAUGCCAGCUCUCAAAUGCUAACAGUGACAAUGACUACUCGAGCAAGAAGUCCUACUACACUCCCAGUAACUGCAACUGCUCACAUGAGCCAAAAUACAGCACAUUACCCUAGCCCACUGAUUGUUUAUGCACAAGUCAGUCAAGGGUUUUUGCCUGUUCUGGGAAUCAAUGUAACAGCCACUAUAGAAACUGAAGAUGGACAUCAAAUAAUAUUGGAGCUCUGGGACAAUGGUGCAGGUGCUGAUACUGUCAAGAAUGAUGGCAUCUACUCAAGAUAUUUUACAGAUUACCAUGGAAAUGGUAGAUACAGUUUAAAAGUACAUGCCCAGGCAAGAAACAAUACGGCUAGGCUAAGUUUAAGACAAGGACAGAACAAAGCUCUGUAUAUACCAGGCUAUGUUGAAAAUGGUAAAAUUAUACUGAAUCCACCCAGACCUGAAGUCAAAGAUGACAUGGCAGAAGCUGAAAUAGAAGACUUUAGCAGGCUAACCUCUGGAGGGUCGUUCACUGUAUCAGGGGCUCCUCCUCCUGGUAAUCACCCUCAAGUGUUCCCACCCGGUAAAAUUACAGACCUUGAGGCCAAGUUUAAAGAAAGUCAUAUUCAACUUUCAUGGACAGCUCCUGGCAACGUCCUAGAUAAAGGAAAAGCCAACAGCUACAUUAUAAGAAUAAGUAAGAAUUUCCUGGAUCUCCGAGAAGAUUUUGAUAAUGCUACUUUAGUAAACACUUCUAGUCUAAUACCUAAGGAGGCUGGCUCAAUAGAAAAUUUUGAAUUUAAGCCAGAAUCUCUUAGAAUAGAAAAUGGCACCAAAAUCUAUAUUGCAAUUCAAGCCGUCCAUGAAGCUAACCUCACCUCAGAGGUUUCUAACAUUGCACAAGCAACCAGGUUUAUUCCUCUGCAGGAAGCCAGUGUUCCUGCUCUGGGUACCAAGAUUUCUGAAAUCAGUUUGGCAAUUUUUGGAUUAGCUAUGAUUUUAUCUAUAAUUUAA